AUGCUGACGGUGAUGCGGGCGUUGGGGAGUUGUGUGCGGGCGGCGAGUCGGACGAUGCGGCUUUCCUCCUCAGUCGAAUCCUCACUGGCGGGUUUGGAGGCCUCCAUUGCGGUGCUGGACCAGGCGGCUGGCAAAGACUUUUCGCAGAUUCAGCGCGUCCUCGCCGUGGAGGUGCUCGGGGCCUCGGAUUUCGUUCGUCGCGCCAAUUCCGCAGAGCGAAAAGUCUUUUCGAGCAUUUUUGACUCUUCGAAUGCACUGCGCGGAUGGCUGCACGAGGCGGCUGGGCAAUGCGGGAGCCCGGACGAGAGCAUUUCCCUUUAUUGUGCAUUGCAGGCCCUGCGAGCGCAACUUUCGUCCAGUCAAGAUCCCCUCCCAACCUCGCCGCGGACGCUCUCUCUGGAGGCCCCGCAACCCGCCAGGGUGCUGCGCCUGAAAAGGCUGCGAUUGCGAGAAAAAUCGGAGGUUCCUUCGCCCUUCGAGCGAUCUCGCCCGCGCGCGGAUUACGAAAAGCCAAAAAAUGGGGCAUCCCCCGGCGGCGAGGGGGGGACUUUUCCUUGGCGUUCGGCCUCGGAUUUACUCCGCACGUGCGUUGAAAUGCUGCAAUCAUCUGGGAAUGUUUCGUCUGAGGAAGUGUGGGCCGCGCGAUCGUUGAUUCUUCCCGCACAGAUCGCCGCUUCGAUCGAGGCAGAGGAUACCAAUAUCUAG